AUUUGGCUCUCUUCUCACCGAGGGGGAAGUUUAUGUCUUAAACCCUAGAACUAGAAGCUCCAAGAGGAGCCCUCAGAGGCUCUUUGUUUGAUCCACCAAAGGAGCUGUGGAAGUAUAAGCAAUCUUUGUCCAGCGAUUUCUCCACCUUUAGUCUAUCCGAGUUGAUAGUUUUGCAAGCUUUCAAGAUGUGGAACAACGGUCAGAUUGCACCACCAGGAACUACUGGCUCUUCCAUUCCACCGCCUCCUGCAGCCCAACCGUCGUACACGGUGCUGCCUCCUCCCCCGCCUCCAGUCCCGGCUGAGACCGAGGCUGAUGCUGAGGCGAGGCUCGAGGAGAAAGCCAGAAAAUGGCAGCAACUGAAUUCGAAGCGGUACAGUGAUAAGAGAAAAUUUGGGUUUGUUGAGACGCAGAAGGAGGAUAUGCCUCCGGAACAUGUUAGGAAAAUUAUCAGGGAUCAUGGGGAUAUGUCCUCAAAAAAAUACCGUCAUGACAAACGUGUAUAUCUUGGAGCACUGAAAUUUAUUCCACAUGCAGUUUACAAGCUCCUGGAGAAUAUGCCCAUGCCAUGGGAGCAGGUCCGAGAUGUGAAGGUCUUGUACCAUAUAUCUGGGGCAAUUACUUUUGUUAAUGAAAUACCAUGGGUUGUCGAACCAAUAUAUCUGGCACAAUGGGGUACUAUGUGGAUCAUGAUGAGAAGGGAGAAGAGGGAUCGACGCCAUUUCAAGAGGAUGCGGUUUCCCCCAUUUGAUGAUGAGGAGCCUCCUUUAGAUUAUGCUGAUAAUUUGUUAGAUGUUGAUCCUCUGGAGCCGAUUCAGCUGGAAUUGGAUGAAGAGGAAGAUUCUGCUGUAUAUACUUGGUUUUAUGACCAUAAACCUCUUGUGAAAACAAAGCUCAUAAAUGGCCCUAGCUACCGGAAAUGGCAUCUUUCCCUUCCAAUAAUGGCAACUCUGCAUCGGCUUGCAGGACAGCUUUUGUCUGAUCUAAUUGACCGGAAUUAUUUCUAUUUGUUUGACAUGGAGUCAUUCUUUACAGCAAAGGCAUUGAACAUGUGCAUACCUGGUGGUCCUAAGUUUGAGCCCCUUUACCGUGACAUGGAGAAAGGAGAUGAGGAUUGGAAUGAGUUUAAUGACAUCAAUAAACUCAUUAUAAGGUCACCUCUAAGGACAGAGUACAGAAUUGCAUUUCCUCAUCUCUAUAACAACAGGCCUCGCAAAGUGAAGCUUUGUAUUUACCACACUCCAAUGGUCAUGUAUAUAAAAACUGAAGAUCCUGAUCUACCGGCAUUUUAUUAUGAUCCAUUGAUACACCCAAUAACUAGUGCCAACAAGGAGCGCCGUGAGAAGAGAACUCAUGAGGAGGAGGAUGAGGAGUGGGAAUUGCCAGAAGGUGUGGAACCUUUGCUUAAAGAUACACAGCUUUACACAGAUACCACGGCAGCUGGUAUCUCCCUACUAUUUGCUCCUCGUCCUUUUAACAUGAGAUCUGGUCGUGCACGACGUGCAGAAGAUAUUCCCCUUGUGUCAGAAUGGUAUAAGGAGCAUUGUCCUCCUUCAUAUCCAGUUAAAGUUCGAGUUAGUUAUCAAAAGUUGCUGAAAUGCUUUGUGUUGAAUGAGCUGCAUCAUAGACCUCCUAAGGCUCAGAAAAAGAAGCACCUAUUUAGAUCUCUUCAAGCAACCAAGUUUUUCCAAACCACUGAACUUGAUUGGGUUGAAGCAGGUCUUCAAGUUUGCAGGCAGGGUUAUAAUAUGUUGAAUCUCUUGAUACACAGAAAAAAUUUGAAUUAUCUUCACCUUGAUUACAAUUUCAAUCUGAAGCCCGUCAAAACCCUUACUACAAAAGAAAGGAAAAAAUCACGAUUUGGUAAUGCUUUUCAUCUUUGCCGUGAAAUCCUCCGGUUGACUAAGCUUGUAGUGGAUGCCAAUGUCCAGUUCCGUCUGGGUAAUGUGGAUGCAUUCCAACUGGCUGAUGGUUUGCAAUAUACUUUUUCUCAUGUUGGUCAGUUGACUGGUAUGUAUCGGUACAAGUACAGGCUUAUGCGGCAAAUUAGAAUGUGCAAAGACUUGAAGCACUUGAUUUACUAUCGGUUUAACACUGGACCUGUUGGGAAAGGUCCUGGCUGUGGAUUUUGGGCACCAAUGUGGAGAGUAUGGUUGUUCUUUCUUCGUGGUAUUGUUCCACUUCUUGAACGAUGGUUAGGCAAUUUACUUGCACGGCAGUUUGAGGGACGGCAUUCGAAAGGUGUGGCAAAGACUGUUACUAAGCAGCGUGUUGAGAGCCAUUUUGACUUGGAGCUUCGAGCAGCAGUUAUGCAUGAUGUGCUUGAUGCCAUGCCUGAGGGCAUUAAGCAGAAUAAGGCCAGGACUAUAUUGCAGCAUCUGAGUGAGGCUUGGCGCUGCUGGAAAGCAAAUAUUCCUUGGAAGGUUCCUGGUUUGCCAGUUCCCAUAGAAAACAUGAUCCUCCGUUAUGUGAAGUCUAAAGCAGACUGGUGGACCAAUGUUGCUCAUUAUAAUCGUGAACGUAUCAGAAGAGGGGCAACUGUUGAUAAGACUGUGUGUCGUAAAAAUCUUGGAAGAUUGACACGACUAUGGCUGAAGGCUGAGCAGGAGCGGCAACACAAUUAUUUGAAAGAUGGUCCAUACGUCACUCCUGAAGAAGCUGUUGCUAUCUACACAACCACAGUUCAUUGGUUGGAAUCAAGGAAGUUCUCCCCCAUUCCGUUCCCUCCUUUGUCUUACAAGCAUGAUACCAAACUGCUAAUUCUUGCUCUUGAGAGGUUGAAAGAAUCCUACAGUGUUGCAGUGAGGUUGAAUCAACUGCAGAGAGAAGAGUUGGGGCUGAUUGAACAAGCUUAUGACAAUCCACAUGAGGCCCUCUCAAGAAUCAAGCGACCUCUCACCCAACGUGCUUUCAAAGAAGUUGGGAUAGAGUUUAUGGAUUUGUAUAGCUACUUGAUUCCGGUUUAUGAGAUAGAGCCUCUAGAGAAGAUUACAGAUGCUUAUCUUGAUCAGUAUUUAUGGUAUGAAGGUGAUAAGCGCCAUCUCUUUCCUAACUGGAUCAAGCCAGCAGAUUCAGAGCCACCCCCACUUCUGGUUUAUAAAUGGUGUCAGGGUAUAAACAAUCUGCAAGGUAUAUGGGAUACCAGUGAGGGCCAGUGUGUUGUGAUGCUGCAGACUAAAUUUGAGAAGUUCUUUGACAAAAUUGAUUUAACAAUGCUCAACAGGCUUCUCCGUCUGGUUCUUGACCAUAACAUUGCUGAUUAUGUCACUGCAAAAAACAAUGUUGUUUUAUCAUACAAAGAUAUGAGCCAUACAAAUUCAUAUGGUCUUAUACGUGGUCUGCAGUUUGCAUCUUUUGUUGUCCAAUAUUAUGGACUUGUGCUAGAUUUGUUACUUCUCGGACUUACUCGAGCCAGUGAAAUUGCUGGCCCACCACAAAUGCCUAAUGAAUUCAUCACUUACUGGGACACGAAAGUUGAGACAAGGCAUCCAAUUAGGCUUUAUUCUCGGUACAUAGAUCGGGUUCAUAUAUUAUUUCGCUUUACUCAUGAGGAAGCCCGAGACCUCAUACAGCGUUACCUCACUGAGCAUCCUGAUCCUAACAAUGAGAAUAUGGUGGGCUACAACAAUAAAAAGUGCUGGCCAAGAGAUGCAAGAAUGAGGCUCAUGAAACAUGAUGUCAAUCUUGGGAGGAGUGUCUUCUGGGAUAUGAAGAAUCGUCUUCCUCGAAGCAUAACAACUUUAGAGUGGGAGAACAGCUUUGUUUCUGUUUACAGCAAAGAUAAUCCAAACUUGCUUUUCAGCAUGUGUGGGUUUGAAGUUCGGAUACUCCCAAAAAUUCGAAUGACUCAAGAAGCGUUCAGCAAUACAAGAGAUGGUGUUUGGAAUUUACAAAAUGAACAGACGAAAGAGAGGACAGCAGUUGCCUUUUUAAGAGUUGAUGAUGAACACAUGAAAGUGUUUGAGAAUCGUGUUAGGCAGAUUCUCAUGUCUUCCGGAUCUACUACGUUUACAAAAAUUGUCAAUAAAUGGAACACAGCUUUGAUAGGUCUUAUGACAUACUUCCGGGAGGCAACUGUACACACUCAAGAGCUGUUAGAUUUGCUUGUUAAAUGUGAAAAUAAGAUUCAGACUCGUAUUAAGAUUGGAUUGAACUCAAAGAUGCCUAGCAGAUUUCCUCCUGUCAUUUUCUACACCCCAAAAGAAAUCGGAGGACUUGGCAUGUUGUCCAUGGGUCACAUUUUGAUUCCACAAAGUGAUCUCCGAUACAGUCAGCAGACUGAUGUUGGUGUGACACACUUCAGGAGUGGGAUGAGUCAUGAAGAGGACCAGUUGAUUCCCAACCUUUAUCGCUACAUUCAGCCUUGGGAGAGUGAAUUCAUUGACUCACAGCGUGUCUGGGCUGAAUAUGCAUUAAAGAGGCAGGAGGCACAAGCACAAAAUAGGCGUUUGACCCUUGAAGAUCUGGAAGAUUCAUGGGAUAGAGGUAUACCGCGUAUAAACACUUUAUUCCAAAAGGAUAGACACACCUUGGCUUAUGAUAAAGGAUGGAGGGUGCGUACAGACUUCAAACAGUACCAGGUUCUGAAACAAAACCCUUUCUGGUGGACACACCAGAGGCAUGAUGGGAAGUUGUGGAACUUGAACAAUUACCGUACUGAUGUAAUUCAAGCCCUUGGAGGUGUUGAAGGAAUUCUUGAACAUACUCUGUUCAAAGGAACAUACUUUCCAACCUGGGAAGGUCUGUUUUGGGAAAAGGCAUCAGGCUUUGAGGAAUCUAUGAAGUAUAAGAAGUUAACAAAUGCCCAGAGAUCUGGUCUCAACCAGAUACCUAAUCGUAGGUUUACUCUUUGGUGGUCACCAACCAUAAAUCGAGCCAAUGUUUAUGUGGGGUUCCAAGUGCAGUUAGAUCUGACUGGUAUUUUCAUGCAUGGGAAGAUACCUACUUUGAAGAUAUCUCUUAUUCAGAUAUUCAGAGCCCAUUUGUGGCAGAAGAUCCAUGAGAGUGUUGUCAUGGAUCUGUGUCAGGUUUUGGAUCAGGAAUUGGAUGCUUUGGAGAUUGAGACUGUCCAGAAGGAAACAAUCCAUCCGAGGAAAAGUUACAAAAUGAACAGCUCUUGUGCAGACAUUCUUCUGUUUGCUGCCCAUCGAUGGCCAAUGUCAAAGCCUAGUCUGGUGGCUGAGUCUAAGGAUGUUUUUGAUCAGAAGGCAAGCAAUAAGUACUGGAUUGAUGUACAGCUUAGAUGGGGGGAUUAUGACUCUCAUGAUAUUGAGCGUUACACACGGGCAAAAUUUAUGGAUUAUACAACGGAUAAUAUGUCUAUAUAUCCAUCUCCUACAGGGGUGAUGAUUGGCAUUGAUUUGGCAUAUAACUUGCACUCCGCAUUUGGCAACUGGUUCCCUGGUUCAAAGCCACUGCUUCAGCAGGCCAUGAAUAAAAUCAUGAAGUCAAAUCCUGCGUUGUAUGUCUUGAGAGAGCGGAUAAGGAAGGGGCUUCAGUUGUAUUCUUCUGAGCCUACAGAACCAUACUUGUCAUCCCAAAACUAUGGAGAGAUAUUCAGCAAUCAGAUUAUAUGGUUUGUUGAUGACACUAAUGUGUAUCGUGUUACAAUCCAUAAGACCUUUGAAGGAAAUCUCACAACAAAACCCAUCAAUGGUGCCAUCUUCAUUUUUAAUCCAAGGACUGGCCAAUUGUUUCUGAAGGUUAUCCAUACAAGUGUCUGGGCUGGUCAGAAGCGUCUUGGUCAGCUGGCCAAGUGGAAAACAGCAGAAGAAGUUGCUGCUCUUGUACGUUCUUUGCCUGUUGAAGAACAGCCCAAGCAAAUUAUUGUCACUCGUAAAGGAAUGUUGGAUCCAUUAGAGGUUCACCUUCUGGACUUCCCCAACAUUGUUAUUAAAGGAAGUGAGCUUCAGCUUCCAUUCCAAGCAUGCUUGAAGAUUGAGAAAUUUGGCGAUCUUAUUUUGAAGGCUACAGAACCUCAAAUGGUUUUGUUCAACAUUUAUGAUGACUGGUUGAAAAGUAUUUCAUCUUACACUGCAUUCUCCAGGUUGAUAUUGAUUCUCCGUGCCCUUCAUGUAAAUAAUGAGAAGGCAAAGAUGUUGCUAAAGCCUGACAAAACAAUUGUCACUGAGCCACAUCACAUCUGGCCUUCUCUCAAUGAUGACCAGUGGAUGAAGGUGGAGGUUGCAUUAAGAGAUCUCAUACUCUCAGAUUAUGCCAAGAAGAACAAUGUCAAUACUUCUGCCUUGACUCAGUCUGAGAUUCGUGACAUCAUACUUGGAGCUGAGAUUACUCCACCUUCUCAACAGCGGCAACAGAUAGCAGAGAUUGAGAAACAGGCAAAAGAAGCCAGUCAACUGACAGCUGUAACAACAAGGACAACAAAUGUUCAUGGGGAUGAGCUCAUUGUCACCACCACUAGUCCCUAUGAGCAGGCUGCAUUUGGUUCAAAGACUGACUGGCGUGUCAGGGCAAUUUCAGCAACAAAUCUGUACCUUCGUGUUAAUCAUAUUUAUGUAAACUCAGAGGAUAUAAAGGAAACUGGUUACACCUACAUUAUGCCCAAGAACAUUUUGAAAAAGUUUAUCUGCAUAGCUGAUCUACGAACACAAAUUGCUGGAUACCUGUAUGGUGUAAGUCCUCCAGACAACCCACAGGUUAAAGAAAUCCGUUGCAUUGUGAUGCCACCACAAUGGGGGACUCAUCAGCAAGUCCACCUCCCAUCAGCUCUUCCGGAGCAUGAUUUCUUGAAUGAUUUGGAGCCUUUGGGAUGGAUGCAUACUCAACCAAAUGAACUUCCACAGUUGUCUCCUCAGGAUCUCACUUCACAUGCCAAGGUCUUAGAGAACAACAAGCAAUGGGAUGGCGAAAAGUGCAUUAUCUUGACUUGCAGUUUUACUCCAGGCUCUUGUUCAUUAACUGCAUACAAGCUCACUCCAUCUGGUUAUGAGUGGGGACGUGUCAAUAAGGAUACUGGAAGCAAUCCUCAUGGCUACCUUCCUACUCACUAUGAGAAGGUUCAGAUGCUGCUCAGUGAUCGCUUCUAUGGUUUCUACAUGGUUCCUGAUAAUGGACCGUGGAAUUACAACUUCAUGGGGGUGAGACACGCAUCUGGCAUGAAGUAUGGAGUGAAGUUGGGAACACCACGAGAGUAUUACCAUGAAGAUCACAGACCAACUCAUUUCUUAGAGUUCAGCAAUAUGGAGGAAGCGGAAACAAUUGCCGAGGGAGAUCGCGAGGAUACAUUUACUUGAACUUUUUUCUCUGUAAUUUUGCCCUGUAAUUGGCAGAAAAUGUUGUAAGUUGUAACAUCUGAAUAGUUUUGCUUGUCACAACACUAUUACGGCACUGUAAAUAUGUUCCAGAAUUAGCAGUCAAGUUAAAUUCCUAUUGAGCCUUGUCUGCUUUUGCAGAUGAGUUGUCAA